AUGCUGGUGCUGCUACCUUGCUGCCUCCAGACCUCAGCAUUUCCCUCUGUAGAGACCAUGGAAGGCCCCCCCCCCCGAACAGAUGGGUCUCCAGAACCUGGGCCUUCUUUCUCCACAGGAUCUCCCCAGACUUCAUCCCCUCCAAGGCUCAACCAUUAUCUUCUCAUGGACACCUAGUGUGUCCCCUACACAGUGCUGGUGGAUGAGGAGUCACAGAGGGAGGCUGGGGUCAAUGGGACUUGGGUUCAGAAAAAGUGCUUAGUGACUCUGAGUACAUGUUACCUUCAGCGACACAGCAUUACCCACUUGGAGGUGAUGCCCUUCAAAUGCGACACCUGGGGGAAGGCAUUCAAGCCGGCCAGCCCUCUUGAGCACCACUCCAUACAUGGGGCGGGUGGUGUUUAGCCCUACAGCUGCUUGCUGUGCCCUUGCUGUUUCUGGGCCGAGGGCGAGUUGACCCAGCACAUCAAUGGACUAGGGGACCAUCCGUUCCAGUGCCCGCCUUGCCUGCUUCACUUUACAGAGCAGAACGCAUUACAGAAGCACACUCGGUGGAAGCAUCCAUGA